ACUGCACGGUAUUUCACACAGAACGUCAUCUCGGUCGGCAAUACGUUGAAGAGUUCGUUUACGAAUGGUUGAAUUUUUACUUUCGAAUGCUUUUUGUUUUCUUGGGCGUAGCAUCCUUUGGCGGAAAUGAAUACUUAUUAUGUUUCAAUACAUGAAAUUUGAACGCAUGACAGCGUUUUUUGAACAGCAGGAAGAAGGUAAACAGAAAAAGCUUUUGGCGUCGUCUGCUAUACUGUCAAUGAUUGCUCAGAUUGCAUUUGCAAACGUCAACACAAUAGCUUGUCGAUCUCCCAGGAAGAAGUUUCCAGCUAGAUACUGCUCAAUACAAUUGCAAUAAGAUGAUUGAAACAGAAAUGACAAUCCAAAAGCUGGAAGAACCGAAAUUAGAAGAGUGGGAUGAGCUCACGAUCGAGAUGCGGCGAGAUUUAUUGGCUCUUGAUUUACGUAUUUCCCUAUUUGUUGGCGCCGUACAAAAUUUCAAAUACGAAUCGCUACUCAAACCUAUUCCUGCAAACUACCGAAAAAGUGAUGGCGAAGCAGAUAUUAAAACUAUCCGCGAAUUAGUUUCCAGGCUUCCGGAAUUGCCUAUUCGCGACCUCAACUAUAAACCGGAUCCCCAAUUAACCACUUUUAUGAAGACAUUCUUUUUGAACCACAACCAGCAGCUUAGUUUAAUCUCUGUAGAAGAACUCAAACGGCAAGUCGGCGGGCAAAUUGAGCUACAAAUUGCUCCGCGAUGGAUCUUCCAAAUUGAUCAUGUCUCUCGCAAUCAACAGACUUGGGAACGUAGAAAAGCUUCUUCCUCUUCAUUUUACGCCUUCCAUGGGAGUCGUUUUGAAAAUUUCCAUUCGAUAUUGAAUUUGGGACUUCAUCAACAUCUUAACAAGACAGCCCUGUUCGGUGAAGGUAUUUAUUUAUCAACCGAACAAUCUUUAAGCCUUCAAUACUCUCCUUGUGGACAAGGUUGGAGUAAAAGUCAGUUGGGACCAGAAUUAUCGUUACUCGCCAUUUGUGAAGUAAUUGAUCAUCCAGACGUUAAGAGAAGAGGUUCGAGACCGUCUACGGGUAGUAUGGCGAUUCCGGACAAAUAUAUUCUCGUAACCAACAACGAACUCGUACGCCCUCGAUACUUUCUGGUUUACACAAGACCUAAAGUGAAGACUGUGAAAGUUACUAGUUUCGUAGAGCGUCACAAGUUUGUUUUGUUCCUAAGCCUUUAUGUCUCACUCCUUCUCGCAAUCGGCCUAGCCAAAAAAGUUGCUGUUUGACAUAUGCUUGCAUGUAUAGUGUUAUUUAAACUGAGAAUUUUAUUCUUCUG